UGUCGGGUUAUGUGUCAGAUCAGCUGUUUCCAGGUUCCCCCCUCUGCCCCCUGCUGGUGACAGGAUGGCUGGACCUGGCCGGUCCAAUCAGAAGGACCCGCGGGGGCAGGAAGCCGGCUCAUAUACACGACCCGGGACCAGCAGAGACCUGGACUGAGACACCUGUUUGGAUUCGACCCAAAUCUGCGACUUGACCUGAGUUCUCCUCACAGACAGAGACAGGUCCGGUUCUCCGGAUGUUUGGGUCCAACACUCGGUUCUGCUCCGGCGGGUACAACAUCAGCCCGAGACCUGAGGAGGGGACGGACCAGCUGGUCCAAACCAUCGGACCCAACCUAACCCGCGUGAUGAGUGUCGGCACCGCCAAACAGGUUCUGAUGGACGGGCUGGAGGACGAGUCCUGCCUGUCUGUGGUGGCCCAGGCUGAGAGUGAAGAUUUUCAAGAGUUCAGUCCGUCCAACAUCCAGAGUCCAUACAGCAGGUCUGAGCCGGGUCACAGACACAGAGUUGAAGAUGCUGCACUGCUCAGAGUCUCUGAUGAUGAGGAGGAUGAAGAUCAGGUCCUUCACAGGAACCACAGGAGACCCAGGAGGAAGACUCGGAGCUGUCUGUGGAGACCCGGGGAGGGACCAGAAGCACCCGUCAUCCAGGGUCUGUGGGUUCAGGAGAUUGAUUGGCUGAAGACGACAUCGUCCUCUGACAUCAUCCCGCCUCCGCCUCAGUUCACAGACUCCUGCUGCCAUGGCAACCGGCUGCACAUGAUGUCAUCAGACCCAGCUGACGGGUCAGGUGACUCUCAGGAGCCCCGGUCGGACUCGUCCUGCUGCAUCCACCCCAACGUUUCAGAUCUGACCUUGGACCUGAUGCAUGUCUCUGGAUUUAACUCCGCCCCUCACACGGAGGAGGACUCUGACUCGGAGCAAAGCAUUCUGGGAGUUUCUGACUCGUUCGACUCUCUGAGCAGCGAGUCCCACGGGACCUGUGGCUCUGAUGACACCUCUGACCCGGUGUUUGAGGAGCUGAGGGGCCGAGUGACGCAGAUACCAAAGCUGUUUGCUUCGGCUCUGUUCAGAGAUCCGGUCCAGCAGAUUCUGGACGUCUGGAAGACGAGUGGACCCGCUAACGAAGGCCUCGUGUUUCACCAGCUACUCCAGCCCAGUAAUCAGCAGUACAGGGAGGGAGAGGAGUACUACGUUCUUGAUCACAUCCAGAACGGUUCCUACGGAGACGUGUUCUGUGUUCAGGACCGAAGAACCGGCUUCAGGUGUGCCGCCAAAAAGGUCCCUUUGGGUCUGUUCCGCAGUGAGGAGGUGAGGACCUGGAGUUCUCUGAGUUCUCCUCGGGUCGUGGAUCUGUUCGGAGCUGUGAGAGACGGACUGAACGUGGUGCUCUUCAUGGACCUGAAACCAGCUUGUUUGUCCCAGCUCCUGAAGGAAAUGACCUGCCUYCCUGAAGACCUGGCUCUGCAUUACUUGCACCAGACUCUGGGGGCUCUGGAGCACCUGCACCACAGGAAGGUGGUCCACCUGGAUGUAAAAGUGGACAACGUCCUGCUCUCUGCGGACUGCAGGGACACUUUCCUCUGUGACUUCGGUCUCUCUCAGAGAUUAGACGAAGGUGGGCGGAGCUCCAAGGCCUUCAGAGGAGCCGUCCUCCCGGGCACAGAGUCCCACAUGGCCCCGGAGGUGGCCCGAGGUGAUCCGGUCUGUGCCGAGGCCGACGUGUGGAGCAGCUGCUGCAUGCUGCUGCACAUGCUGAACGGGUUCCAGCCGUGGGUCCGCUUCUUCUCCCAGCCUCUGUGCCUCCAUAUUGCCAACGAGCCUCCACCUCUGUGGGAGGUUCCGUCCACCUGUAACAACUUCACAGCCAAAGUCUUCAGUUUGGGACUCCAGAAGGACCCGAACCUCAGAGCAUCAGCCGAGGAGCUCCGGAGGAAAACGACCAAAGCCUUCAGAGCAGUUGGAGGUCUGAGUCCAGUUUCCAUCAGAACUGCCUGUCAGGUGUUGGAUCGUGGUUCUGAUCCAACACCUUCAUCAUCAUCAUCGUCCUCAUCUUCAACUCCAGAUGUGGUCUGGGUCAGCCCCUGGAGGACACUGGCGGUGAAAGAGGACGACGAGGACUGUGAUGGGGACGCCUCAGACCUGGACUCUGAGGCAGACGGGGAGUGGGACUCCCAUCCCAGAUCCCUUCGGGAGGAUUACAUCGAUGAGGCGGACUGGGACACCAGCUCUGGGUCAGACGUUGAUAUAUACAUGGGCGAGGAGGAGCAGAACUGGGUCAAGUCUCUGAAAACUGAUGACUAUGAGGGGGACUGGGAGGAGGAGGAGGAGGACUCAUUGGGAUCCACAGAGUAUCUUCGUGCUCUCAGAGGUGUUUUCCCUGUUCUGCAGAAAGGUUUACAGAUGGAUCAGGCUUCAUGGGGUUCAGACGCAGAACUGGAGAACCUCAGAGACGAUGUACCUGAAGGCACCACGCUUCAGACUCCGACCCCAGAACCUCGAGACGACCCCCCGUCCUGCUUCAGCUGCUCCGACUCGUCACAGAUGGACCAAUCAGAGACGGACUCGGACCACUCGUCUGACGACCUGAGCUCCGGAGUCUUCUCCUCCUGCAACAGCCAGUCAGGCGCUCACCUGGAGUGGACGGUUUCAGCCAAUCAGACGCCUUCGCACUGUCUGGAAGGUGUUGACGUGUGGAUCGAGAACGUUCAGGGAGCGUGUCUGAGGAUCCGAGAGCGCCGGUGGGUCAAGGUGGGCCAUGUCGCCAUAGGAAUCAGUGAUCAGAUGUCAGGGAAAUCCUUCACCUUGGAGACUCUGGACAGGAAGACGGUGUCGUUCGAAGAGCAGAUCCAGGGGUCCGGUUUGUGGUUCCUCUGCGUCCCUGCUCCGGACCGGUGUCAGCGCUGGAGGUGGAGGGUCAGAGAYGGACAGCUGGAGCUCAGAGAAUGAACCGGUUUCUCUCUCUUCCUGGUUUUCUCAGGACAAGUCGGUAAAAACAGGAGCAAUGAAAAAAAAAAAAACUUUCUCAGGAACAACAUGUAGGACCUCCUUUUACUCCUGAAGAUGUUUCACUGGAUCCUUUGAACUAAUAAUCUUUAUAAAGCUGUUUUAAUUCUGAUUUGGUGCUUCGAUCCGUGUGCUGUAUGUGUGUUAAAGUCAUACUUUGUCAUUUUUUAAAUACAUUUUUUACUUGUUGAUGUUAGCUGUAAUGUUUUAUGACCAUUUUGCAUCUUUUUGUUUGUUUAUAUGUUGUUAGUUUUUCAUCUGUAUGUUUCCAGAUGCUCUAUAUGGCAAGACCAUAUAUCAUUUAAUAACUAGACAGGCUCUUUAGRGCAAAUAAUAAUUCAGUCCUUCCUGUUCUCUGUUUAAGAUACAUUGAUGAAAUAUUUUGUUGACCAGUGAGAAUGUUGUUGUAGAUAUCUUAGAUUAAUCUCUUUGGACUAGAAGAAAUGCUAAUAUUUAUACAUGAAACUGUUUUUAAGACUGAAACCGUGGUUUAACUAUAAAUUAUUUUAAAUCCUAUUAAAAGUGGAUGAGCCACAUUAGUGGGCAUACCUUGAAUAAUACAUUUUAAAAUAUGAGAAAAGGGUCUAUAGACGGCUGUCAUUAUAGUUGCAUUAAUUCACUGUUGAAUUACAAAAACAAAGUGUAUUCUCUAAAAUAUAAUUAAAUUGUUGAGAAAACUAGAA